UAUUAAAUAUCCGCCUACAUAUGUACGAAGUUAAUAAAAAACAUCACCCUAAAAAAUGGUGGGGUUCGAAAAAUUAUUAUUAACAUUGAAAUUAAUUUCAGUUUUAAGUCAUCGAAAUACUAAAAAUAAACGCACGUUUUAAUUAUGUACAUAUAUAUCUAUUUAUGAUCACACACAAAUUUUUACUUAAAUAUUUAUGACAUAACAUGACCUGUUACCUACGCGUUCGUAUCCAGCCGCGACUAAUUGACUCAUCACUCACCUAAGUUUUGUUUUAUUGAGAAAUUAAUUUGCAAGCUUGGUUUUCCUCAAACAGAUCAAAGAUCCUUCCAUAGUUAAAUUUUGCUUGUCAAUUGGCUUUGUAAAUUCCGAUACGAUAAUAAAUGAAAUGUUAUUGCUCAUUGUUCGCCUCAAAAAACAGUUGGAGUACCUUCAUAAAUUUGGCUCAAAUUAGCAUAACAUCGCGUGUGUUUAGUCAUUCUUCAUUCUGUCCUAAGCUCUAAGCUCUAUUCUAAUCAUUCAGAAUCUGGUUCGACGGAAAAUGUUUGAGCCUUUAGUAAAUGAAGGGAUAUUUAUUGCAGUGAUUGCUGUCAUCACAUGGAUUAUUUGGGAUUAUUUGGAUUCCAAAAAUCAACCCCCAGGUCCUUCAAGAUUUCCAUUUUUUGGAAAUCUCUUCCAAGUCGCUAUAGCCGAUCCUAUUCCGUAUAUCGGGUUAUACAAGAUAUGCAAGCGGUAUGGAAAACAUGGCCUUACACGAAUUCAGUUGGGGUUCAUAAAUGCAGUGUUCCUUAAUGAUGUCCAAACAAUGAAAGACCUCAUAAACCGGGAAGAAACCUUUAGUAGAGAAUUCGCAGAGGAAAUAAAAGCCAGGAAUAUGAACAAAAAUCUGGGAAUACUGAUCGGAGUUGGUCACCCAUGGAAGGAAAUGCGUCGGUUCACGCUUAAAACGCUGAAAAAUUUUGGAUUUUCGAAACGGUCCGUGAUGGGGAAUGUCAUGAGUUCAGAAGCGAAUCUAAUUCAGGAUGAACUUAUUCAAAUGUCGAAAUCUUCCAAAGACGGAACGAUUCGCAUCGUGGGAGACUUUUUUGCUGUAAGCACAUUGAAUAUAGUGCUGUGGAUGGUCACAGGCAAACGAUGUGAUCGGAAUGAUAAGAAUUCUGUCGUCAAUCGAUUUCUUGUAGUUGGGAGAAAAUUUUCACAAUCUUUCUCCAUGAUUUCGGGCCUUUACAAUUAUUGGCCUUUCCUCAAAAAUAUUUGUCCACAACUGUGCGGGUUUACACAAGCUCAGCAGUUAUCCACAGAAAUGCAAGAUAUUGCUCGGGAAAUGUUGUACGAAGCGAGAGCGUCUGGAAAUUAUAAAACGAGUCAGAACUGUUUUAUUGACGAAUUUCUUGCACAAAUUGACGAAGAGGAGAAAAAGAGAGAUGGAGAAGAAAGAUUUUUCACAGACGACCAAUUUAUUAUCAUCAUAAUGGAUUUGAUCCAAGCCGGGUCGGACACUACAUCUGGCAGUCUUGCGUUUGGAAUUUUGCUGCUGGCUUCACAUCCAACCGUGCAGGAAAAAUUGGUCCAAGAAAUUAUCAGAGUUGUUGGGUUGCAAGGUGUCCCAUGCUUGGAGGAUAGAGAUAAAAUGCCGUACACCCAAGCGGUCAUAGCAGAGACACUCAGAUAUGCCCGAACUGUGAUGUUACUUCCGAGAAAUGUACUAAAGGAUUUUUGGUAUCAAGGGUUCCACUUCAAAAAGGGCACAACCUUAAUGAUGUGUGCACACACGAUUAAUAUGGACGAAGACGUUUGGGGCGAUCCAGACAACUUUCGGCCAGAGAGAUUCAUCAAAGAUGGAUCCUUUAACAAAGAGUUUGCUGACGAAAACACGCUGCCAUUUGGGACGGGCAGACGGUCUUGCAUUGGCGAAGGAAUAGCUCGCGACGCAUUAUUCAUUAUGCUGACCACACUUAUAAGAAACCUCGACUUUUCUCUGCCGGAAGGUCGUCCAAAACCGAGCCUAAUUCCAGUGCUUGGAUUCAGUGCGCUUGCUGCUCCAUUUGACGUUGUUAUAAACCCACGGAAGUGAUUUUCAAGAUUAGAUCUUGAGACGAAAAAUAUAGAUCAGAAUGUUCAGGGAUUAUUUAUUGUUUAAUUUAAGCUUAAAUUACCUUAAUGCAAAAAUACUAACCUCGAAAUACUUCUAAUGAGUUGAUAAGUUGAAUGAGUUUUUUUUUUAAAUAUGCAAACCUACCUAUAAUGCAAUUAAUUCAUAUACAAACAUAUGCGUGAAAUAUGUGUGUGUACAUGCAUGCUUAUGCACAUGGUGAGGUCUUGAUGGUUUGAGUAAAAUUAUUGCUGUUCUUCCCGAGUAAAAUUGGCAUAUUUUAUUCGAAACUUCAAAAUCUUGGAAUCAUUAAAUAUGAACGAAAAGUAUGAAAAUUAAAUAUCUAUGCAUGUACAUAUGUAGAUUACCGUUGUUUCUGUUUUGACAAAAUUAAGUUUUCAAUAAUUCACAUUAAAUAAAACGAUAGUAUUAGAUACACAAAAUGUA